AUGACUAACACAAAUGAAGAAUGGACUAUCUCUUUUGUUGGCUGUGGUUUUUUGGGAGUCUAUUCUUUGGGAGUUUAUGGCUGUCUGUUGGAACGGACUUAUGAACUGACUCGCAGAAUGACAAAGAUUUGCGGAGCUUCUUCAGGAGCCCUGAUAGGAGCAAUGAUAGUCUGCCAAAUGUCACCAGCAAAGUGCUGUAAACAUCUGACGGAAUUAGCCACAGAGGCUCGGAAGGGCAUGCUGGGCUCUAUGCAUCCUUCCUUCAACCUGUUGAAGUUAACCAGGGACCUCAUGGAUAGGGAGCUGCCUGACAAUACUCACCUCCUUGCCAGUGGGAGACUGUGUGUGUCACUAACACGCAUUUCAGAUGGGGAGAAUGUGCUGGUGUCUGAUUUUGCAAGCAAGAAUGAUCUCAUCCAGGCCCUGAUUUGUAGCUGGGUUUUUUUUCCCUUUUACUGUGGGGUGAUCCCACCAAGUUAUCACGGAACUCGCUAUGUCGAUGGAGCUCUGAGUAAUAACCUGCCUUAUUACAGCCUGAAGAACACCAUCACUGUCUCUCCAUUCUCUGGAGGAAGUGACAUCUGCCCAUAUGACACCCCAUUUUACUUCCAUGAAGUAUGA